AUGGCGGCCAUUGCGCCGGGUCUUCUGCGCCUGCGCCCGCCGGACUCGAAAGUCGAGCCCGAGCUCGGUGCGAAAGAGGGGCGAUCUUUCUACCCACCACCGAAGUCGCAGCGGGCCUCGUCUGCGGGGCUGCUGCCCCCCUCAGAUCUGGAGGAGCGGGGCAAAAGCCCCGUCAAAGAAAGUCCGAGCAAGUCAACACCGACUGCGGCCAAGGAGCCCAGGGCGCGGGAGUUUGCGCUUCCACGUGGCCGGAGACCUCCGGAGGGCGCCGAAGUAAAACAAGCUCCGCCGAAACACGAGAAAGUGGCUGACUUGCGGUCCAAGCUGCAAAAGGCGCUCCUCGAGACGGGCCGUGUGUCAUCGGCGAGCGAGUCAGAGCUCUCGCUGCGCCGCGGACAGCGGCCGAGGCUCCGGCCACGAAUGCGUCGCCAGAGCUCCUCGGAGCGAAGCUCCAGCUCGGGUUGGGCCGGAGGUCUCCGGUCGAUCGCUUCGGAGGCGAGCUCUACCUCGGCCCCUCCACGCAAGGGCAAGGGCUACGGCAAGGGCAAAGGUCUCGUGAACUUCCCUGGGAAAGGCGCCCAGAGAGUCGACUCCGAAGAUUCGGAAGCUGAGACACACGGGCCGGUGACGACGUCCAUUGAGGUCCCACUGCGUGUCCUCCGCCGCCCCUGGCGGGGCCAGGUGGCCGAGGCAUCCGUGGCUCAGGUUGAAGUUGAUGCAUGUCGGCGUGAAGGGUACGGACGCGUGACCAUCACCGGUGGCUGGUGGCAAAGCCUCGCAGCAUACCAGUGCCUCAUUAAGCUCUUUUCCACGUUGGAAACAUCGGUUGAGCCGGCACGAGACGCAGUGCGCAUCUGGCGCAGCAAGGCAUUGGACCAGAAAAGGAAGCUGCUAACAGCCAAUCUUUGCAUGAUCUCGCCUGGUGCCUGUGUGAAGCUCUCCGUGGUGUUGGGGCUUGGUGGCCUGGCUAUUGCCGUGAUCCUCCUCGUCACGCAGAGCUGGUUGCAAUGGCUGGUGUUGAAGAUCCCCUAUCCAGGAUCAAUCUGCUUCCUUCUGUACUUCCUCAUCGGAAUGCGCGUUUGCUGUGUUCUCCUGGGCACUAUGCGUGUUGUGAGCGGAGGCGUGCUGCUCACCUUGGUGGGCGCGGGCGUCGUGAAGACCAUCGGAACCAGCAUUCUUGGAGCCAUGUCCGGGCUUGGCUUCCUCUACAUCGCCAUGAUCCCCAUUGGCCAGCUGCUGACUUCGAUUAUCCGGCGCGUUGCGCCGCAGAUUGUGCACGAUGCUCAGGAGAAGCGCAUGCAGCAGUUUUUACCACUCCUGCCGGGCUAUGAUAUCGUCUGCCUCCAAGAGCUGACCGUCGCCUGGGGCCAGGAUGACUGGGUGACUGCGCUUAAGGACUUCGCCAAGUCUGCUGGGCUGCGUUACUUUGCUUCCAGUGGGAAGUGGCCGCAGUUUCCUGCCUUCUUUGCCGCCGCCGGCCUGGUAAUCCUUUCGAAAUACAACAUCAAAAGGAGCGAGCUCUUGACCUUCUCUCGCCAAUCAUGGUUCGAGUGGAGUGCCGUCCAGCGUGGCGCUCUCAUGGUGGAGUUGGAGGGACCGAAAAAUAAGAAGAUCGCCGUGAUCAACGUGCACACCACAGCAGGACUCGAGGUCGUCCGAACCGGCAUGCAUCUAUCGAAGCAAGUUUCGCAGGGCAAUGCCAAGGUGAACCCGACUGGCCUGAAGCAGCUUGAGGAGGCCCUCCGACGAUUCGAAGAGUUCUCGAAGGGUGCUGACCAGCGAAUCUUCUGUGGCGAUUUCAACUUGAGCAAGGACUCGGAGUCCCUCCAAAGCUUCUUCGAGCAGGCGAAAGAGAAGUUGAAGCUUGUGGACCAGUAUGCGGAUUGCCCACCUACUUUCGGUUGUGUCGACGAACACGGGAAGCCACGUGAGACACUGCUCACCAAGCACACGAAGAAUUGCCGCCCACGGUGCAUCGACCACGUUCUGUCUGAUGUCAAAUGCAAGGCAGCUCGGGUGGAUAACAUGACUGCGAAGCCGGAGGAUGCUGCAAAGUAUGGAUACCAGCAAGUAUCGGAUCACAGUGCGGUCGAGAUCGAGUGGACCUGA